GCGUCCCGCCCCUUAGCUGGGGUGGAAGCCGGAAGCAGGCGAAGUCGGCCGACUCGGGACGGCGGGGCCCAGGGAAGCCCGGGUGUUCGAUCGCUGCGCCCCCAGCCCCGGGCGGCGCGCCCCGCCACAGUGCCGCGGGGCCAUGGGGGCUCCGCGCCACCGACCGCCGGUCGUCCCGGGGCCCUCGUUGGGGCUGCUUCUACUGCUCCUGAGCGGGCCGGCCCCGGGUCGCGCUUCCCCGCAGCUCUUGGACCACCCGGCACCUGUCUGCUCCCAGCAGGAGCUAAACUGCACGGUCAAGACUAGUACCUGCCUGGCUGACAGCUGGAUCCAUCCUCGAAACCUGACCCCCUCAUCCCCCAAAGAUGUCCAAGUUCAGCUGCACUUUGCCCACACCCAACGUGGAGACCUUGUCCCUGUGGUUCACAUCGAAUGGAUCCUGCAGACGGACGCCAGCAUCCUCUACCUGGAGGGCGCAGAAUUAUCUAUUCUGCAGCUGAACACCAAUGAGCGUUUGUGUGUCAAGUUUGAGUUCCUCUCCAAGCUGCGGCAUCAUCACCAGCGGUGGCGUUUUACCUUCAGUCACUUUGUGGUAGAACCUGGCCAGGAAUAUGAGGUGACCGUUCACCACCUGCCCAAGCCCCUCCCUGACGGGGACCCCAACCACAAGUCCAGGAACUUCCCCGUGCCUGACUGCAAGGACCCCAGGAUGAAGCACACAACACCAUGUGUGAACUCAGGCAGCCUGUGGGACCCCAACAUGACCGUGGACACCCGGGAAGCCCAUCAGCUGCGGGUGAGCUUCACCCAGUGGAGCGAACCUACCCGUUACCAGAUCCUGCUCAGCAGUUCCCCACGCACAGAGAACCAGACAUGUUUCCAGCACAUACUGAAUAUACCUGCGUCCACAGGAGAGGACGUCCACCAGCGGUCCAACGUCACAUUCACCCUACCAAACAUUGAUUGGUGCUGCCGCCACCAAGUGCAGAUUCAGCCCUUCUUUAGCAGCUGUCUGAAUGACUGCCUCAGACACCCCAUGACGGUCCCCUGCCCAGAACCUUCUACUCCAGACCGGAUUGUAGGCUACAUACCCCUGUGGGUGUAUGGGUUCAUCACCGGCAUCUCCAUCCUACUGAUAAGCUCCGUCAUCCUGCUGGUCCUCUGCAUGACCUGGAGGCUGUCUGGGUCUCAUCAUGAAAAAUAUGGCGAUGACACCAGAGACACAGAUGUCCUACCCACCACUGGCCUGACGCCCCCUCCCCUGAAGCCCAGGAAGGUCUGGAUUAUCUACUCCGCCGACCACCCCCUCUACGUGGAUGUAGUCCUAAAGUUCGCGCAAUUCCUGCUGACCGUCUGUGGCACUGAAGUGGCCCUUGACCUGCUGGAGGAGCAGGUCAUCUCAGAGGUGGGGGUCAUGACCUGGGUGGGCCGCCAGAAGCAGGAGAUGGUAGAGAGCAACUCCAAGAUCAUUAUCCUGUGCUCCCGAGGCACCCGGGCCAAGUGGCAGGCCAUCCUCGGCUGGGAGCAGCCGGUUGUCCAGCUUCGAUGUGACCACAGGAAGCCCGCGGGGGACCUGUUCACAGCGGCCAUGAACAUGAUCCUCCCAGACUUCAAGAAGCCAGCCUGCUUCGGCACCUACAUCGUCUGCUACUUCAGUGAGAUCAGCAGUGAGCGCGACAUCCCUGAGCUCUUCAACAUCACUUCCAGGUACCCACUCAUGAACAAAUUCGAGGAGGUUUACUUCCGGAUCCAGGACCUGGAGAUGUUUGAACCUGGCCGGAUGCACCGUGUUGGGGAGCUCACAGGGGAGAACUACCUGCAGAACCCCAGCGGCUGGCAGCUCAGAGAAGCCGUGGGGAGGUUCCGGGAGUGGCAGACUCGGUACCCUGACUGGUUUGAGCGUGAGAAUCUCUGCUCGGCAGACGACCAGGACCUCACGUCCCUGGACGAAGAGGUGUUUGAAGAGCCACUUCUGUCACCAGGAAAAGGAAUUGUGAAGCAAAAGCCAGUGGUGCGGGAGCCUGGACCUGAGGGUCUCCUGGUGGUAAAUCUGCUUGGCGCUGAGGACGGGCGGGGAGUGUCCACACUGCAACCUCAGCUUAUGGUGGCGCAGCCCCUCCAAACCACGGUGCUGCCGGUGAUCGUGGGCCCUCCCGCUCAGGCCCAGGCCGUGGAGCCUGUCUCCCAUGCUGUCGGGAGCUGCGCAGCCCUCCGGUUGGCCAUCGUGGAGGGAGGCGAGGCCUGCCCGCUGCUAGAGGGCUGCGGUCCUCGGAGGAACAGUGUCCUUCUCCCCGUGGACUCGGAGGCCCCGCCUGUCUGCAGCACCCUGACGGCAUCGCCCCACCACCUCCCCGAGCGGGGCAGGGAGCAGCUGGAAAGCUUGAUGCUGUCACUCUUCCAGCAGAGUCUGAGCUGCCAGGAGGGGUGGGAGAGCCCGGCCGCGGCCAUGGGAGACCCGGACUUGCCCUACGAGGAGGAGCAGCGGCAGUCGGUGCAAUCCGACCAGGGCUAUAUCUCCAGGAGCUCCCCGCAGCCCCCUGAUGGGCUUAUGGAAAUGGAGGAAGAGGAAGAAAAGCAGGACCUGGUUAAGGCGGCCAAACAGCUCUCCCCUGAGGCCCUGGAGAGCCUGAGAAGCCUCCAGCGACAGCUUUUCUUUCAAGAGAUUCGGAAGAACUCUGGCUGGGACGGUGUGGAGCCAGAAGGGCCGGUGGCAUAGAGCCUCCCAGACCCAGAGCAUUGUAGAAGGGAGUAUGUGUGUACGUGGGUGUACACGUGUGUCUGUAUAUGUGUAUGUGUAUAUAUUCAUGUGUGAAAUGGUACCUUUAAAACGUAGACAUCUUGAUUCUGAUGCCUGGGCAUCCCUCUUAAUUUUUCUUUUUGUGACUGGUCAUCUUCCAUCCCCACAAAAAUCUACAGCCCAUUCCCAGGAGCUAGUGGCCAUGUCCUUGAGUGUCCAUCAUUCAUUUAUUCACUCAACAUUUAUUUUGCACCUACUAUGUGCCAGACAUCUGAGAUACGAAGAUAAAUUGUACCUGGCAUUGGCCCUGCCCACCAAGGAGCUUAACACCUAGUGAGAGCAACAGAUUAACAAAUAGAGGAGGUCGUGCAAGAUGGAAAGGCUGAGCAGAUGCCUGUCCAGGGCUAUGCAGACACCCAGAAGGGACACCUGGCCCAGGGAUAGAUUCCUGGAGGGGGUGAUAUAUGAGCUGAAGGAGAAGCUAGUUUCCCUGGGCCAAGAGAUUGUGGUUGGAGGAGGCACCAGUCCCGGGGAGGCAGCAUGUGGGGUAAGGUCUGGGAGAUGAGUGGGAGCUGGGCCCAUCAGCAAACUGCAGGAUGGGCCUGAGAGGAAGGAGGGAGGCAUAAGAGAUGGGGUGAAGACAUAACCAAAGCCCAGGCUGGGAGUUGGGACAUCAGCCCGAAGGCCUGGGACCCCUUGAAUAUGAGGAGCUGUUGCCCUGCAGAGGAGGCUGAGGGCCAAACAUACCUGGAAGCCACCUCAGCUCAUUUUGGAAAGAGACAGGGUCGAUAUCG